AUGGCCGAGGAACGGGCGAAGAACGCGGCUUCGGUGGAGAGCGUGGAGAACUCGGUGAAGUCAUGCCAGAAGGAGAUACUUGCAAUGACGAUCUUCCCAUCUGACAUGGAUGACGUGGUCGUCAACAACAUGGCUUUCUUGGGCGGUGUCAUUCAGAUCACGCAACGGAUCUCGGAGCCUCAACUGCGAGAUGCGAUCGCCCAUAAGCUCGGCACGCCCAGAGAUGACGCCGGCAUGUAUGCGAGGCAGCUUCCGGCUGCUCUCUCGCGCGUCCUCGCCGAGUGGAGGGGGGCCGUUGACGGACCAAGGGUGCACCCCGCAGUGAGGCAGGUCGGUGAGAUUGGGAGGCUGCAGGCAGGAUGUAUCUACAAUGCGCGCCACGCGAAGGCUCCGAGGGGCAUCCCGCUGAACGCGAAGAUCUUGGGGCCACAUCUGAGCGACCCCAUCGACAUCGCGUCCUCGCCAGGCGGCGCCGCCGCCCCCAGGAAACCUCCCGCCGAGACGGGCGACAAGAGGAUGAAGAGCGAUAAGUUCGAGAUUUUCACUGUCGACUACGACCGCAUGCUCGUGAUAGGGCAGAUCGGCGCGACGACCGCAGAGUACAAGUUGGCGCCGGGGCCCGACGGCAUGUGCGCGGCCGAAGUGCACGGAGACGACAAGGAGACGGAG